AAUUACUGUACCUUUUGAGGGAUUUGCUUUAAGUUCUUGUUUGGGGGGAGUAACUCGAUUUGGUGUGAGAAUAUGUGAAAAUGUGAAAUAGAAUUGCUGAAAAUAAUUGGCACACCAGAUGCUGCAUAUGAGAUGUGCAAAAAGGACGCUAAGGACUGCCAAGCCGAGCAAGGUGGCGAAAGGCCGGUUGUAACUUUUGAAGAAAGGCCGGUUGUUACUUUUGAAGAAGGUACAGAAGAUAGUAUUGAGGAGGAAAGUACGGAACAUCCAUUUUACCCUACCGACGUUACGACAGCUUUGCCCACUUAUGAGUACAAUGAGACGUAUUACAACACGACAACACAGGGGUAUGAUGAAGGAGGAGAAGGAAUUGUUGUUUUUGGUCCAAGAGGAUACGCUGGCCCACCAGGUCCUCCGGGACCUCCAGGACCAAAGGGUGAUCCAGGAAGAGAGGGUCUCCCUGGAUCUCAUGGUGUCCCUGGACCACCAGGCCAUGUCUUCCUCAUUCCAUUAAAUUUCCAAAGUAAUGAUAAGGGUCCAGACUCACAAGCUGACCAGUUUAAACAACUCCUAGCCCAGCACAUGAUGUCCAUGAGAGGGAGUGAAGGGCCUCGAGGACUGACUGGUGUCGCUGGACCUGACGGGCCCCCUGGUCCAGAAGGACCAAAAGGCGAGACAGGAGAAAUAGGGGAAAUUGGACCAAGAGGUUUCCGGGGCCUGCCAGGCCUUCCAGGCAGGGAAGGGAGGAGAGGAAGGCCUGGUAGAGACGGGGAAAGAGGAAGUACAGGUCUACCUGGUAAUAAGGGUGAAAUCGGCCCUAUGGGACAGCAAGGGAUGCCGGGAGAAAAAGGGGAAAGGGGAUUACCUGGUAUUCCAGGUACUCCUGGCCUUCCAGGACAUGAUGGAAUGCAAGGUGAAGAAGGUGCUCAAGGUCUUCCUGGCCAUCCUGGAGAACUCGGACCAAGAGGCUUUCCAGGACCGAGAGGCUUUCCCGGCAUGCCAGGACCUCCCGGAAUACCGGGAUCUGAAGGUGGCCCUGGUGUGAAAGGGCUUGCAGGUCCAUCUGGACAGCCUGGUGCACCAGGACAAACUGGUGCAAUGGGAGCUGUUGGGCCUCCUGGACCUCAGGGACCCCUUGGCCCUCCCGGUCUUCAGGGUCCCAUUGGAAAACCUGGUUUUCCAGGUCUUCCCGGAGCUGAUGGUUUACCCGGGAGGCCUGGUAACCCCGGGCCACCCGGAUCUAAAGGUGAAACAGGGGUUGCCGGUAUACAAGGUCCUAUUGGAUUUCCCGGGCCCAGAGGAUUAAAAGGGGAUGAAGGAAAACGUGGACUUCGUGGUGAAAAAGGAGAUAAGGGUGAAAGAGGUCAUGAAGGUGAAAAAGGGGAUAUUGGAACGAAAGGGGAUGCUGGACCACUUGGGCCACAAGGAUCUUCAGGCCAGGAAGGUUCAGAAGGACCAAAGGGUAUGGAAGGUCCGAGAGGAGAAGUAGGUCCACAAGGAUUGAAAGGGGAGAGAGGAAAACCGGGGUCUCCUGGUUUUCAAGGGUACCCUGGUUCCCCAGGAGACAAGGGUGACAAAGGUUCUGAAGGGAAACAAGGUUCAACUGGAGAAAAAGGAGAACAAGGCAUUCCUGGGCAAUCUGGCGAAAGAGGAGAACCCGGUCCUAGAGGAUACAGAGGAUUGAGGGGGAAACAAGGAAUGGAAGGCUUAGUCGGACCUAAGGGAGACACAGGACAACCAGGUCCUGCUGGCCCACAAGGUGAAAGAGGACCACAAGGUAUGGAGGGUCCCAGAGGAUUCAUCGGACCUCAGGGCCCUACAGGAACUAAUGGUAAGGAUGGCCAUCCUGGUCAGCCAGGAGAACGUGGACCACCUGGAGAACCGGGUGCACCUGGCCCCCCUGGAGUUGUUGGUGUGAUCGGACCACCUGGAAAUGCAGGAGAACCAGGACCAAUUGGAGAGCCAGGAGUUGCCGGGCCAGUUGGAGCACCUGGUGAAGUUGGACCUCCUGGAGAAAAUGGAAAAGAUGGCCCUCCUGGUCCCCCUGGGCCUCAAGGUAAACAAGGACCAACAGGAUCUUCUGGUUUGCAAGGCUUCCCUGGAGAAAGAGGACUCCCAGGACUGAUGGGUCUGCCAGGAUUAAAAGGUGAGCCAGGCCCUCCAGGCCCUUCUGGUCCUACUGGUGAUAAGGGACAAAUAGGGGAACCUGGAAAAGAAGGACCACUAGGACCUGAGGGAAGGAAGGGACAAACAGGUCCUCCCGGAGUUGCUGGAUCAAAAGGAGAUAGGGGACCGAUCGGCCAACCCGGACCAGUAGGAAGAGAUGGCCUUCCCGGUCCUAGAGGACUGCCUGGACAACCUGGCCCACAAGGUCUGCCUGGAGAGGAUGGUGACAAGGGAGAAUCUGGUCCUCCGGGGGAAAAGGGCUUUAAAGGAACAAAAGGAGAGAUAGGAUUACCUGGCCCGACUGGAACUCAAGGAUUAAGAGGAGAACCAGGUCCAAUAGGGGCCCCAGGAGAAAAAGGACCUCCAGGUGAAAUUGGACGACAAGGCGCCAAAGGAGAAGAUGGACCCCAUGGCCCACCAGGACCACCGGGCCUUGCUGGAUCCCCUGGGCUGCCGGGUCCACCUGGAAUCAAAGGAGAAGUGGGAGAUGUUGGCCCAAGAGGUGCAACUGGGCCAGCAGGAAGCCCAGGAGAGAUAGGUCCAAGGGGCCCAAAGGGUACUGAAGGGCCAAUGGGUUCUCCAGGCCUAGAAGGACAACAAGGCCCAGUUGGAGAGCCCGGAAACCCAGGGCCACCCGGUCCUCCAGGUCUCGAUGGUAAACCGGGUGAAAGAGGUCUUCAAGGCCCAAAAGGAGAUGAAGGAAAAAUGGGACCUCAGGGUUCAGUGGGGCCAAGGGGUGUACCAGGACCUGAAGGCCCAAAAGGCAAUGUCGGUCCACCAGGGUUUCCUGGGCCCCAAGGAGAACAAGGUUUGCAAGGGGAGAAAGGCGAUGUUGGUCCUCCAGGGCCAGAAGGUAAAACAGGAGAGCCAGGACCUCCUGGGGAAGCCGGUGAACCGGGAAAACUUGGUCCAAUGGGCCCAGCAGGGAAAUUAGGAGCUGACGGACCACCUGGCCUUCAAGGAAGUAUGGGUCUCCCAGGAGACAAAGGAGAUCAGGGUCCACCUGGUCCAAUUGGUUUGCAGGGUCUUAUAGGUCCUUCAGGCGAAAGAGGCUUACCUGGAGUACCGGGUCCUACGGGUAGCACUGGUCCUGCCGGGGAAGUCGGAUUACCAGGAAGACCAGGAUUGGAUGGUCCUCAGGGAGCUAUUGGAGAAGCAGGAGUAAAGGGUGCAAAAGGAGAAAGAGGUAGAAGAGGACCUAAAGGACACAGAGGUAUCACAGGUGCUCAAGGAUUAGUCGGCCCAAUGGGCGAACAAGGGCCAAAAGGGGAUCCAGGACCAAGAGGAAAGGAAGGUCCAAAAGGAGAUCCAGGUCUACAAGGUAUUGAAGGGAUGAAAGGAAUCGAGGGCCCUCCAGGUCUUCCUGGUCAAGAAGGUCCACAAGGAUUAAAAGGAUCUCAAGGUGUAGCUGGCCAAAAGGGAGAAACAGGACCACCCGGUCCUCCUGGGCCACCAGGUCCUCCACUCGAUAUGCCCAUUUUGCCACCAGAACUGUUUCAAAAUGAUGGAUUCAGAUUUCGCCGAGAUGCCUCAUCUGCCACAACGGAGGAUGGCCAAUUUUUGAAAAAUGAAAUAGAAUCUCCUAACUUCUUUGACGUCUACUCUAAUAUUUAUUCAAUGAGAAGGGAUUUGGAUAGGGCAAGAAAACCACCUGGUACCAAAGAAAAUCCGUCUAGGUCUUGCAAAGAUUUGUUCUUUGGAUAUCCACAUUUCAAGAACGAUUGGUACUGGAUCGACCCGAACCUUGGAAUGCCAGAUGAUGCUAUAUAUGUCUUCUGCAAUAUGACAAACAGCGGUGAAACUUGCAUCUAUCCUGACAUACAUUCUAGUCAGAUGCCGAAUAUCCCCUGGCGCAAAGACGGAGAAAAGUUAGACUGGUAUUCAAAUCUCAGAGGUGGUUUUAAGAUAACAUAUGAAACUAUAGGAACUGUUCAAAUGACCUUUUUGAGGUUGUUGAGUGAAAAGGGUUUCCAGAAUUUCACAUACACAUGCAUAAAUUCAGUCGCCUGGUACAGCUCCAAGGAUUUGAACUACAAUUUGUCAAUCAAACUGAAAGGAGAAGAUGACACCAUCUACUCAAAUUCUGGAAUCAUGCCGAAUAUUUUGCUUGAUGGUUGUAAGAAUGGCAAAUCAAAAAGUGAAACCAUUUUUGAGAUACUGACAGACAAUCUUGAAACUCUGCCUGUGGUAGACUUCUUCCCAGUAGACUAUGGCCUACCGCACCAAGCUUUCGGUUUUGAAGUCGGCCCAGUCUGUUUUAAAUAAUUUUUGAA